GUACGCAAAUUGCAGAUGGGAAAUCAUGCAUCGUGUAUACGCAUCUGCAAGUGGUCGUUUUUUCAGCUGUCACCAGAUAGUUCAAUUUGGCUUAAUGUUUACAUUACGUUCUCCCUAAAGAAAAUAUUAAAAAGUACGAAACAUAGUUCAAAUUUUAUUAAACUCAUUCAUACUCUGUGCACGUUGAACUUUGAUCUGCUGAAUAAAACUAUGAACAAACUAAAGCUCAAUCAGAAGGUAAAGGUAAACAAAUUCAUUUCCCUUACACACACGGGAGAGCAGACGGCCAUCCGAUGCUUACAGGAUAAUGAAUGGAAGCUCGAUUUGUCCUGCGAUACUUACUUCCAAAACCCUGACCUGUACUAUCGCGAACUGGACAAGAAGAAAAUCGAACAGUUGUUUAAUGUGUAUCGUGAUCCAACGGACCCGAACAAAAUCAACUCGGAUGGGGUGGAACGAUUUCUAGAGGAUCUGCAUCUGAAUCCGGAGUCCAAGCUGGUGCUUAUCAUAGCGUGGCGCUUCAAGGCGGAAGCACAGUGCGAAUUCGCUCGGCAUGAGUUCAUAAACGGGUUUUGCGAUCUUGGUGUUGAUAGCAUAGAGAAGCUAAAGGAAAAGUUACCACGCCUCGAGCAGGAGCUGAAGGACCCGGGACGGUUCAAAGAUUUCUAUCAAUUCACCUUCAAUUAUGCAAAAGACCCGGGGCAGAAAGGGCUCGAUCUGGAAAUGGCCAUCGCCUACUGGAAUAUUGUACUUAAGGAUCGGUUCAAAUUUCUAGAUCUGUGGUGCAAGUUUCUGGUGGAAAACCAUAAGCGAUCAAUUCCGAAAGAUACGUGGAAUUUAUUACUCGAUUUUGCCACCUACAUUGAUGAUAGUAUGUCCAAUUAUGAUGCCGAAGGAGCUUGGCCGGUGCUAAUCGAUGACUUUGUCGAAUGGUGUCUAAAACAGAACAAGGUAACCCAUCCGUCAGUUAUUACUUCCACCACCGGUGGUCACAGUGGAGCCGGCGUGGGAUGCAGUUCGCUUUCGAUGCAGCAUGUCCCAUCCACCUCGGCAAUGAUGAGCAACGUUCCCGUUCCUGGUGCAGCCCAGGCAACCUCCACAACGACGACGACCAACCCGUACGGUGGUAGCCGAUCUAGCCCAUACGGCACGGCUGCUGGUAGCACGGCCAAUAUGUUUUAUUAGAGUCACGUCAUCAGUCACAUCAGUCAGUUGUUUAGCCGGCAGUGUGAGGGCCCUCAGUCACAGUCUCUCUUACUUUCCUUUCGUCGAUACAGCCCUGGUAAUUGAACAUGGGAUUUCGCUGCGCACCGCAUAAGUUUUGUCAUCAUGAUUUGAUCGUUUUGUUAAUAAUUCACUGCAAAUGUGGGAAAACGUAGAUGCAUGGUGUUGGUGGAAACGUGACAGUGGAAACGCGUGGGAAAAACGUUUUCCCUGUCGUAUAGGUAGCUGGUUCCUACCGUACAACAAAGGGAAUAUAAAUUUGAUCAGUGUCAGCUGGAACUGUUUCAUGCAAUUACAUAUGAGACGAUUCCGUCAUGCAAUCCCUAUUUCCCUGUAACGUCUGUUAUAUGCUGAAAUGCAACAGGACACCUUGGUAGCUUUUUGGAUGCAGGCCUGCCUUUCAAUCUCUAACACAGAUGAAUCCGGCGAACCUGUACUGUAAUAUGUGUACAGUAGUGUUUUUUUUCCUACUUUCAUUUCACGUUUCAUCGUUUGGGAAGCGGUAUACAAAAUUUAUGUAGUCAUGUUACUUUGUUGUACCAGUUUUUGUUUUCUGUAAGUUUACUAUGGCCAUGAAAAUGCGGAAAAAUGCAAAUAUACGCCGCCGGUGGAGGCAUAGUAAAAGUGGAACAUUGAACGUAGAGCAUAAAACGAACCAGGAGAAACUUUAGGGUAAUUUUGAAAUUUACCUAGCAGCAAGAUUUUGCAUAACAUUGAUUUAAAAACUAAUGGAUUACACACCAAUAAUUAAGUUACAAAUGUA